UCCUCAGCCAAUGGCAGCGCGGGGGGAGUGCGGCAGCGCGCGUGGGGGGCGGGGCAGCGCUUUUUAACCGGAGAGGAAAGCUGCAGCUCCGAACAGCAGGCGAGCGUCGCGUAAAGCACUAACAGCAGUUCGGGACAGCCGCGUGGGGGGAAAGGUGUGUGAAAUAUCAGCGAAAGUGGGCAUCAUGACUGACAGGAAGGCUGUGAUCAAGAACGCUGACAUGUCGGAGGACAUGCAGCAGGACGCGGUGGACUGUGCCACGCAGGCCAUGGAGAAGUACAACAUCGAGAAGGACAUCGCUGCCUACAUCAAAAAGGAGUUUGACAAGAAGUACAAUCCCACGUGGCACUGCAUUGUAGGCAGGAACUUUGGCAGCUACGUGACCCACGAGACGAAGCACUUCAUCUAUUUCUACCUGGGCCAAGUGGCCAUCCUCCUCUUCAAGUCUGGCUGAGUGGCCCCCGUUCCGGAUCGCCCCCUGGACUGUAGUGCACCAGUGGCCGACGCCCACCACACCUUCGCCGCACACUUAAGAUUAAACUAAAGCACCGUGAUACAAAUUGACUGUGGGCGACUGCAUGGGCUCUGUACAAUACUUCAUGUGUGUAUGUUGCAGUAAAUCUAAAUUCCUUUAGUUGUCUGGGGAGGAGAGUCAGCCUUUAAGAACUUUUUUUUUUUUUUUUUCUCUUUUCUUUUUCUUUCAUUAGUACAGUGAACUUGUAAAUGCUUUGUUGGUGGCCUUUAACGAAAAGGAAAAUUAGCGGUGUGCUGAAUCGGAGAAGAAUGUGGUAUCAUGUCCCCUUGGGGUGUGGGUGGUGGACCUGCUGAUCUAAUGUUAGUCACUGCAGUAGUGCUCCAGAUGUUCUUCCUUGUCCUGCCCCCCCCACCCCCUGUACUAUGACCAUUGCGUUUUCCACACUGUGCUGGGAUACCAACUUUGACUUCAGACAUUCACUCAGUGCAGUUUCUUCAUCCUGGUUCAUAGCUUCAGGUCAAUAUUAUGACUUGAGUUCACAGAUCAUUAGCUGCUAAUCUGUAAGAAAUGGAUUCUUCUAGAAUGAGUUGGUGGGAGAACUCUGACCUCAGUGUAAGUAUGAUGAGGCCAGCAUUGGGACAGUUGAUGUAUUCUGACUUUUUUUUUUUUCUUUUUCGAUAUUUGAAGUAAACAAAGUGUUUUCGUGUAAGAGAUGAGGGUGUCGCCACAUCUCGUGCAGUCUGCAGUGCUUCUUCGUUUGCGUACUUCUGCCAUGGAGUAGAGGGCUACAGUUCAACCAAGAUGCUUGACCUGCCUGCUGUGGACUCGAGUCUUCGUAGAAUUCUAAUGUAAGUGAAAUAUGUAGACAUUGUCUUAGUGUAACGGAAGCUAAGGGUGUCUGCUCUGUGAUUCUAGUCCGCUGGCUUUUUUUUUUUUCCUUUCUUUCCCCCCCUCGUUCUCUACAGGAAAUUUCUGUAUCUGUCUUUUGUGUACAUGUGUUCAGUGUCAUUUCAGAGCUAAAAUUAGGGACUCGAACCUUGUCUCUGCCUCUAAUUUAGUUAACACCCUGUUGCGAGCUCAUUCUAGUGUUGAAAAUGUUUUAGCUUCUACCUGUUAAAAGAAAAUCAUGUAAAUGCAAGUAUCUUUCAUUAAAAAUCUUCGAUCGCGUCA